CCUGCCCUGCUGUUUGAUGGGUCCCCACUCGUGUUGAGCUCUGGUGGUUCCCCACUCAAGUUGGGCUGUGGAUGGCGAUGCUUCGGGGAGGGACUGACGCUGCGCUCCUUACACCCAGUGGUGCUCAUCGGGGACUCUGGCGUGGGGAAGAGCAACCUGCUGUCCCGCUUCACCCGCAACGAGUUCAACCUGGAGAGCAAGAGCACCAUCGGGGUGGAGUUUGCCACCCGGAGCAUCCAGGUGGACAACAAGACGGUGAAGGCACAGAUCUGGGACACGGCCGGGCAGGAGCGGUACCGCGCCAUCACCUCCGCGUACUACCGUGGGGCGGUGGGAGCGCUGCUGGUGUACGACAUCGCCAAGUAUCUGACGUAUGAGAACGCCGAGCGUUGGCUGACGGAGCUGCAGGACCACGCCGACGCCAACAUCAUCAUCAUGUUGGUGGGCAAUAAGAGCGACCUGCGGCACCUGCGCGCUGUGCCCACCGACGAGGCCCGGAGCUUUGCAGAGAAGAAUGGGCUCUCCUUCCUUGAGACGUCGGCUCUGGAUUCCACCAACGUGGAGAUGGCAUUCCACAACAUCCUUUCUGAGAUCUAUCGCAGCGCGGCACAGCGGCAGAUCGCGGCGCAGCCCGAGGCUCAGUUCGGCCCCAGCAGCUCGGUGGAGCCCAUCCAGGUGCUGCCCACGCAGGACGGCCGCCAGGCGCAGUGCUGUCAGAGCAUCUGAGCCUCUGCUCAGCACCUUCCUCACCGACGCUGCGGGACGCUGCUGUGUGCUGCCUUCCUCCCGUGCUUAUGUAGGACCUGCAGUGAGGGAAGGGAGAAGCGUCCCUGUUCUGUCCCUGUGUUUAUGCAGGAUCUAUACCAAGGAAGGGAGAAGCAUCCCUAUUUUGUACUCGUAUUUAUGUAGGACCCACACCAAAGGAGGGGAGAAGCAUCCCUACUUUGUCCCUGUGUUUAUGUAGGAUCUGCAGCGAGGGAAGGGAAAAGAAGCCUUAUUUUGUAUCCAGAUUUAUGUAGGACCUGCACAAAAGAGAAGAGAAGAGCAUCUCUUCCUCAUCCCUGCUGUUAUGUAGGACUUACACUAAGGGAGGGGAGAAACAUCCCUGUUUUGUCCCUGCAUUUAUGUAGGAUCUACACAGAAGGGAAGGGAGAAACAUCUCCAUGUUAUCCCUCAUGUUUAUGUAGGAUCUACACCUCCUGCUGGGGUUUGGGCCCCAAUGCAUCCCCAUGUCACCCCAACACAUCCCCAUGUCACCCCCCAUGUCACCCCCCAUGUCACCCCCCAUGUCACCCCAACGCGUCCCCGUAUCACUCCCAUGUCCUCGCGUUCCUCUGCCAGUCACAGCAGUUCCAGCAGUCCCUACAAAGGGAAGAGUCUCAACAUGUGCUGGGUAUCCUCCCCAGCAGGGAGGUCGUGGGGGGGGCAGGAGGGUCCCCAGGAGGUCAUCCCCAUCAUGGGGUGUGGGUGGGGGGGGUUGGGAGGUCCCUCUGUCCCUGCUGGACAUCCGGGCUGGGUGUCACCUGGGGAUGAAGUGGGUGAAGUGGGAAUGCGGGACGAAGCCCAGCAUGAAGUUACUGCGGGGGUUCCUGCUGGUCGUUACGGUCCUGGUCAGUCUGGUCCUGUAAGCUCCUGCUGGUCGUUACGGUCCUGGUCAGUCCGGUCCUGUAAGCUCCUGCUGGUCAUUAUGGUCCUGGUCAGUCCGGUCCUGUAAGCUCCUGCUGGUCAUUAUGGUCCUGGUCAGUCUGGUCCUGUAAGCUCCUGCUGGUCAUUAUGGUCCUGGUCGUUACGAUCCUGGAGGCUCUUUCAGGUGGUCACGGUCCUGGGGGAUCCUGCUGGUCGUUGAGAUCCUGGAGGUUCCUGCUGGUCGUUAUGGUCCUGGACAUCCCUUCAGGUCGUUACGAUCCUGGUGACUCCUGCUAGUCGUUCAGGUCCUGCUCAUUGUGCUUCUGGAGACUCCUAGUUGUUACAGUCCUGGAGACUCCUGCUGGCUUUUACGGUCCUGGUCCUUACGGUUAUGGAGACUCCUGGUCGUUAUGGGCCUGGAGGUUCCUCCUGCUGGUCAGUUUUUCUGGAGGCUCUUUCUGGUCAUUAUGGUCCCCGUUUGAGCAAGGGCAUCACAUCAGCUCUGUGCCCACAUGGGAGUGGGGCACGAGGAGGAGGAGGGUGGGAGGAAGAGCAGAGCAGCGUGGCUGUGGCACCUGGGGCAGGAAGCAGCCAGAACCCCCCCAGAAGCAGACAGACAGACAGACGAGAGCAGACGCCGAUUUUCUUAAGUAAUAAUACUUUAAUAAAAUUAAGUUCUUAAUGUAA